AUCAUUAUACAUUCGAACUCGCAGCAUCGCAUUCACCUUCACUUCCCCCCUCCGCACUCCUUUCUCACCCUCGGUUCGCACACCGCAGCUGUCAUGUCGUUCUUUGGCUUUGAUACCACGCUUCCUAACGAUCGUCCUCCCGCACGGGAGUCGAGGGGUAUUUUUGAGGCCCCCGAUCCUUUCUCCGAAGUUGCUCGUGCCACAGCGCAUGGAUUCAACGAUGGCGAUGACGCAAUUGACUUUGAGGACACCUACGACGGGUUGGGAGACCGGCUCGACGAUGCCCAAGAUGCCUUUAACGAAGACACUUUCGGAGAGGCGGCGGGAAAUGAGGAUAAACCUGUGGGGAAAGACUUUGACUUCUUCGGCCAAACGGCUCAGAUGACCAACAUUUUGGGUGAAGAGCAAGUGCUUUACAACCUGAAGCACCAAAACGAACAACCCCAAGCCUCCGUUUCGCCCGAUGCAGCCCCGAAACCGAAAAGGACAGGCUAUGAGCCAUACCAAGACCCCGGGUAUAUCCCUGAGAUUCAAGCGAAAUCCAGUGUCUGGGGAACAGGAAUUACACAAAAAGUAAAGACAGAACAGCCAAAACCGGCUGCUCCAUCCAAAAAGAUGAUGAGCUUGGAAGAAGUUGAAGCACAGAUGCGCGCGCAAUCACAACGACCGCAGCAUGCAACCGAAGCUACUGCUCCUCCGCCGUCUCAGCAGUUCCCCGCGACCAUCCCGCAAGGAGCACUGUCUAAUCUAAGAUUCCCCGAACAGCCCUUCCCCCAGCCCGACACAUUCCCUCAACUUCAACAAAAAGAUUUUCCUCCAUUAAAUCAACAUCAGCAGUACCCACCGCCGCAAGGUUUUCAGCGCCAGCCUCCACGGCCUUUCCCUGAACAGAAACCAAGGCAGAAUAUGUCAAUCCAAGCCCUACAGCAUCAGAAUCGUAUGCCAAGCAUUCCUCAGAGACACUCUGGGCUACAAAUUCAAGGUCAUUAUCCACACGCCCCGCCAUCGGCAACUACAGGGCCGCAGCUACCUUCAAUCGCCGCAAUGCACCCACAGUUUGCGCAGCUUUCCGAAGAACAUCGCAGGGCACUUUUGGCAGAGGAUGCGAAACGCGCCAAGCGAAAUCAUAAAAUUCACCUUCUCUCGAAAGGAAAUGGCUUGAUGACCCCGCAAGAUAAAAACUUUAUUACCCGGAUACAGCUACAGCAGCUAGUGUCGGCAACAGGAAAUACGGGAGAGACAGAUACCGAUUCCCUACUGUCAGAAGACUUUUAUUAUCAAGUGUAUAGCCAAAUUCGCGGUGCGCCCCGACAGCACCCAAGACAGCCUCUCGGUCAUUUUGCCCAGACCUAUCUUUUCCAAACCGGUAGCCGCUCCGGGGGCCAUAUGGGCCGAAGGCAGUAUCAGAACGCUGACAAUCACAUGCAACGCAUGCAGCAGCAAGUUCAGCGUGCUGUUGAAGCUGCGAAACUGCGCCCCAAAAACAAGCAACUGAUAAUUGAAGGUAGUUUAGGGAAAAUUUCAUUCAGCAAUGCCAAAACCCCAAGGACACUCCUCAAUAUCAAACGCCCCGAUAGUGCGGAUGGUCAUAAGCCAGCCAAUGUCAAGAAAGGAGCUCAAACCGGGCUUAGUCCGAGUGACCGCAAGUCUAUCUUAAAUAACAUCGAAAACGCAUACGAUACAUUGAUGAGAAUGGAGGAUCACGAACGAAAAAUGCCUCCACCACCCGACGCUGAAGAUGCAGAAGCUGUGCAGAAGCAUCUUGAAUGGAGACAGAAGAUGGAUGCUCUCAAUCGAAAGUUAUGGACUGAUAUGAAAGUCCACGAACCUAUAUUCCCCGGUUCUACAACGACCCAUCCUUUUAUUGCGUUCCUGUCUUAUCCUAAGGGCAAAAAGGCGAUCCCUCGAAUAUUCCGCCAUAUAGACCAGGAGCAACGAGUCACGAUUCUCACUAUGAUAAUCGUUCAUUUAGAUUCGCUAGACGUCGUCCAGCGAGCACAGUUACAGCCCGGGGAAACCCAGCCCCCUGGACCUGUCCGCGAGGAGAUUGAUUUGUUUUCGCAAGCUGUUAUGCCGAGUCUAUUGGGUUACGUCACCGAAGCUCCUCUCAAAUUCAUCAUUGGGCUUGUCGGUCUCGUCAUCUUCCGGACGAACGUCCAGGCGGUAUCUAAAACACGGAUAGGCCUCGGCAUCUUGACUAUGCUGUUAAGUCGUGCGGAGUUGGUAAAGGAAGCUGGCGCAGUGGACGAUGAGGAAUGGAAACAAUGGACAGGUCUUUAUAAUCAGCUGUUUGACCGGCUAGAACCGAUUCUCGGUAGCAUUUUCCCAGGAACUAUUAAUAGCGGAGAUGAUAUGUAUGUGUGGCAGUUCCUCGCCGCUGUUGGCAUUGGAGCAAGCCCUGAGCAACAGCAACGGUUGGUUAUUGCGGUCAAGGACCGAGUUAUGGAGACAGUCGCUCAGAGCAAAACACUACCAGCGGACAUGGCCAGUCAACGACUUGGUAAUGUUAACUUGUUCAUGCGCGCUCUUGGACUUGAUGUGGAACUUCUAGGAUGAGACUUUUCCAUCACUUUAUCUCCACUAUGUAUACUGUGAAGUGUUGAAAUGUUGCAAUCUAUUGUUUCCUCAUUGCAUUGGUGAUCUGAUAUAUAAAAUGCAGCCAACAUGACGAUGAUCAAAAUACAUGUUUAUGGAAUUGAAACUAGGGAAUUGAUUUGCUUUGUGUUUCUUAAUAUCUUAUUUUUUUUUUCCCUGCCCUGCAUAGCGUGUUCAAGCGUACCCUGCUUUAUUGUGUUUUCAUUUUCUCACAAAAUGUUGCUAUCAUAUUUUCAGGGGGCAAGGGGAGCAAGUUGGUAUCAUACGAGUCGGAUUUGCAGAUUUUUAUCUAACCUGGGAAGAAGAUAACUACAUACCUUCCAGUGCAAUAAGUGUAAAUUGCAUUGCCUUGGAUAAUCUCAUGUGCACCCUCAACCUGCUCCUUAUUCUCCCUUUAUUAUUAUCCCCCUUUUUAAGUCUUCGCCAACUUCCCAGUUUUCUCGGUUGUGCCCGACGGUUCGGUUCGGAAGCGGAAAAGCAACGUCCCAGUGGCAACUUCAAGUGGAACUUCCAAAGCCAAACUCAAAACACAGCCGGAGCAGCACUUCACAUUCUCGCGAUCGAUUGCACGGCUUCGGCUGUUGGGUUUUAGUUCAAUAGGGCAUUGAGUCUUUGCGUCUUGCAACUUCGCAACACUUACUAGCAGCUGACUUCCUUUCUCCUUCUCUCCCGCUAUGGUAUUUUCAUUUCUGUGCUGAUCGCAAUCACCCAGCAAUUGCGUUACUCUUUCUACCACUUCCAGUAUAUACUUUAUCACAGUUUAACAUCCCUGGUGGCCGGA